UGUGAUGGUAAAUUAAAAAAAAAAGAAAAAAGGAAAAAAAAAAGAAAAAAGUGUAGUUUGACAUUCAUUGAUUUAAAAGCGUUUAAUGAAAAGAAAUUAAAGAGAAUUAUGGGAGAUUGGAUUAGAGUGAGAGGAGACGGUUGGUUAUUUGUUCCUGAAUUUGCUUUUUCCUAUAAUUUCUUCCUUCUUUUCUCAUCAUUUAUUAUUCUUUUAUUAUCGUUAUUGUUAUUCGAUGAUGAUAAUUCUUCUAUACUGCUUUUCUGUUCCUUGACUAUUACGGUAUUUAGGUUAAGUGGGGAAAAGGGAAUUCGUAAUUCCAUUGUUUCGCCCUUUUCAAUUUUGUUUUGGAAGAGUGUUUUUGGUUUUUUUUGAUUCUAGGGUUUGCCUGUUCUCUUCCUUCGAUCUUCAUCUUCCAAUUCCAUGGAAGCUGCUGCCUCGGACGGCGAAAAUCACAACCACAAUAAUGAUGAUAUUAACAAAAUUAGCAACUCAAGGGAGGGUCUUAGCAAGCCCAAGCGCCAGAUGAAGACUCCCUUCCAGCUUGAAACCCUCGAGAAGGCCUAUGCUUUGGACACGUACCCAUCAGAGUCGACAAGGGCUGAACUGUCGGAGAAAUUGGGGCUUACCGAUCGGCAAUUGCAGAUGUGGUUUUGUCACAGGAGGUUGAAGGACAAGAAGGAACCAGCGAAGAAACCCCGGAAGGUGAUGGCACCGGCGUUGCCUGAUUCUCCCAUUGAUGAAUUGAGAGUAGUGGCCGAGCCGGGUAGUGAUUACGCUUCGGGCUCGGGCUCGGGUUCGAGUCCAUUUGGUGAUGUUGGGUUGCGUAAUGUGGUACCUAGAAGUGUUGGAGAUGAUAUGCCAAUGAUGAGAAGGUAUUAUGAACCUUCACGGUCUGUUAUGGAACUUAGAGCUAUUGCUUGCGUCGAAUCGCAGUUAGGAGAGCCAUUGAGGGAGGACGGACCUAUUCUUGGGAUUGAAUUUGAUUCAUUACCACCUGAUGCUUUCGGAGCACCUAUAGUGGCAGAGCAGCAGAAGCGAUCUGGCCAUUCGUAUGGGGAAAAAUACGAACAACGGGAUGCUAAAUCAAAUAAAGUGACUGCAAGGGGAUUCACAGAAUAUCCAUUUAUGCCAGACCAAUCUAAUAUUAGAGCUGAUGCCUAUGGUCCAGUUGCCCAAUCACAUUAUCCAGAUUCAUUAGUUGAGGUUACAUCAGCCAGGACACCGUAUUUUCUUGGUCAUGAACAGCCGAACAGGAGCCACAAUUACCAUGGUCAGGUCUCAAGGGUUCGUCUUCUGUCUCAACAGGAGAAACAGGCAGUUACAAUUCCAUCUCCUGCUGAAGAUAGCACGUGUGUCCCUCCAAGGGAUUCUUUUGCAAGUAUCAGAAUGAAUUCUCAGUUUACUGAACACCCAAUUGUUGGACAAGAAAAUUAUGUGUUGGCUGAUGGGCAUAUUUUUCCAGAGGACGUCAUGAUUAGGAUGGAAAGGAAACGCAAGAGUGAAGAAGCUCGUUUAAACAAAGAAGCUGAAGCCCAUGAAAUAAAAAUGCGGAAAGAGCUUGAGAAACAAGAUAUUUUGAGGAAAAAGAGUGAAGAACGAAUGAGGAGAGAAAUGGAAAGGCAAGAUCGCGAAAGGAGGAGAGAAGAGGAAAAGUUACUGCGAGAAAAGCAGCGGGAAGAGGAGAGAUUGAAGCGUGAGGAAAGACGUGAACAUGAACGGAAGGAGAAGUUUCUGCAGAGGGAGUAUUUAAGGGCUGAAAAGAGGAGGCAAAAAGAAGCUAUUCGCAAAGAAAAGGAAGCAGUGAGACGCCAAGCUGCUAUUGAGAAGGCUACUGCUCGUAGGAUUGCCCGUGAGUCUAUGGAGCUUAUUGAGGAUGAACAACUUGAACUGAUGGAGCUGGCUGCUGCAAAUAAAGGAUUCUCCUCCAUAUUAAGUCUUGAUCAUGACACUUUGCAGAAUCUUGAAUCAUUCCAAGAUUAUCUAGGUGCUUUUCCACCCAAGUCUGUGCAAUUGAAAAAACCUUUCGGCAUUCAGCCUUGGAUCAAUUCAGAGGAGAACAUUGGCAACCUUCUCAUGGUAUGGAGAUUUUUCAUUACAUUCUCUGAUGUUCUUGAGCUAUGGCCCUUUACCCUUGACGAGUUUGUGCAAGCUCUUCAUGACUAUGAUUCAAGAUUACUGGGUGAGAUUCACAUUUGUCUUCUGAGUCUGAUUGUAAAAGAUAUCGAAGAUGUUGCAAGAACACCUUCUGCUGGAUUGGGAAUAAACCAGAAUGGUGUUGCCAACUCGGGAGGUGGACAUCCUCAGAUUGUCGAAGGGGCAUAUGCGUGGGGAUUUGACAUUUGCAACUGGCAGAAACAUUUAAACCCAUUAACAUGGCCAGAAAUAUUUAGACAACUAGCACUAUCAGCUGGAUUUGGACCUCAGUUGAAGAAGAGGGGUUUGGCAUGGUCUGAAAUGCGUAGCAACGAUGAGGCUAAAUGUGGUGAGGAUGUAGUUUCUACUCUCCGCAAUGGUUCAGCAGCUGAAAAUGCAUUUGCUAUCAUGCAAGAGAAAGGUUUGCUAGCUCCUCGGAGAUCUAGGCAUCGGCUAACUCCUGGAACUGUCAAAUUUGCUGCAUUUCAUGUCCUUUCACUAGAAGGAAGUGAGGGGUUAACAGUACUAGAACUUGCUGAGAAGAUACAGAGAUCUGGACUUAGAGAUCUGUCUACAAGCAAGACACCAGAGGCUUCCAUUUCUGUUGCUUUGACAAGGGAUACGAAGCUUUUUGAAAGAAUUGCUCCUUCCACAUAUCGUGUGCGAGCUCCUUAUAGGAAGGAUCCAGAUGAUGCCGAGGAAAUACUUUCAGUAGCCAGAAAGAAAAUUCAGGUAUUCCAAAAUGGGUUUUUGGUUGGAGAAGAUGCAGAUGAUGUUGAAAGAGACGAAGAAUCUGAAUGUGAUGAUGUUGAUGAAGAUCCUGAAGUUGAUGAUAUGGCGACAACAGCUUUGGUGAAUGAAGAUGUUAGCAAAGGAGAUGCUAACUUAGGAGUUGACAAUGAGAAUGUAUGCCAUGAUAUUGCUGGAAAUCUACAAAAUGCAGUUGCCAAAGAUAUACCGUCGUUCCCCUUAAGUGGCUCCAAGGACACAAAAUAUUUAAACAUACCCACAGCGCAGUAUGCUGCCAUUGAUGAGACUAAUAUUAGUGAUCUUGAUCAAGACAAUAUGGAGAUUGAUGAAAGCAAGGAAGGUGAAUCAUGGAUUCAAGGACUUACAGAAGGUGAAUAUCAUGAUCUUAGUGUUGAGGAGCGCUUGAAUGCCCUUAUUGCCUUGACCAGCAUUGCAAAUGAAGGAAACUCUAUUCGCCUUGUUCUUGAGGAUCGUUUGGAGGCUGCCAAUGCUGUUAAGAAGCAAAUGUUGGCAGAGGCUCAGAUUGAUAAAUCUCGUCUAAAAGAAGAGAUCAUUACUAAAUCUGAUUUUCCAAUUCACAUUGUGAGCAAGGUGGAAACUGAACACAAUGGUUCCGCUAUGGAGGGUGGGCAAAGCCCUUUUCCUGUUACCGAAAAGAAGAACGAUGAAACAACCCCAAGCACUGUAGAAAUCCUUGGUAAUGUCUCUAAUGAGAGGGCUACUUCAGUGCCGGAUCUUUUCCCAGGCUCAGAUAACUUUUUGGCUCAGCAAUGUGGACAUGCUUCAAAGAGGUCACGUUCACAGUUAAAAUCUUAUAUUGCCCACAAAGCUGAAGAAAUGUACACAUACAGAUCUUUGCCUCUUGGUCGAGAUCGUAGGCAUAAUCGAUACUGGCAAUUUGUUGCGUCCUCUUCAAGCAAUGAUCCUGGUUCUGGUAGAAUCUUUGUUGAAAUGUAUGAUGGAAAGUGGAGGCUUAUUGAUUCUGAAGAGGACUUUGAUGCUCUUUCAAUGGCUUUGGACACACGCGGGGUUAGAGAAUCACACCUACGCAUAAUGUUGCAAAUGAUAGAGACGUCAUUUAAGGAAAAUGUUCGAAGGAGUCCGCAGUGUGCCAACGUGAUGGUUCAAAGUGGAAUUGCACCUAAACAUGAAAACGAUGAAUUGAGUUCUAGUCCUGAUUGCAACACUGGUUUUAACAGCCCUGGCAGUACCGUUUGCGGUUUAAAUUUGGAUACAGUGGUAACAUCAUCUUCAUUCAGAAUUGAGCUUGGGAGACAUGAAAACGAAAAGAAGGCUGCAUUUAGAAGGUAUCAAGACUUGCAAAGGUGGAUGUUAAGAGAGUGCUUUAGCACAUCAACAUUAUGUGCCAUGAAAUUUGGAGAAAAAAGGUGCAUAUCGCUGCUGGACAUUUGUGAUUCUUGUCUGUGCUUGUUUGAGUCCCAACAUUCUCACUGUCCUUCGUGCCAUCAAACUUUUGGCACUAGUGAGAAUGAUAUUAAUUUUCUCGAACAUAAACGUCACUGUGAGAUGGAAAGGAUGUCUAACCCUUUGGAUGUACACAUGUUGGAUGCAUCUCUUCCCCUCAAAAGUAGGUUGCUCAAGGCCCUCUUAGCUUUCAUUGAGGUACAUGUUCCGUUAGAAGCUUUUCAAUCGUUCUGGACAGAGCACAGGAAAGAUUGGGGUGUCAGGAUGAAAUUAUCACCAUCUAUUGAGGAGCUUCUACAGAUAUUAACCCUGUUUGAAAGUGCGGUUAAGCGAGACUUUCUAAAAUCAGACUUUACUACAACAGACGAGCACCGGGGCUCAUGUUCCGUCUCUGGGACUGUUAUGCAUGACCCAUCCGAUAUUGGGUCUGUUCCUACAUUACCCUGGAUUCCACGGACUAGUGCAGCUGUUGCUUUAAGGCUUUGUGAGGUAGAUGCAUCAAUUUAUUACAUCGGGUGUGAGAAACCAGAGCCUGACCAGGACAAGGAAGUCGGAGAACAUAUGAACUUUUCCAACAGAUAUGUCCAGGUUAAGAAUGAGGAGCGGACUAAACUAAACGACUUGGAUUAUGAUGAUCUAAUGAAGAACGAAAACUCAGCCAAUCCCAAAGGUUUUAGGACCAGCUACAAACGCAGUCGAGGGAGUCGAGAUUAUGGACGCCGCAAAAAGUGGCAGAAAAAAGUUAACGGAUCUAGAUCUGGCCAAGUCCGGCAAAAUGUCAAGAGUAACGAGAAGAUGAAUCAAGGACAGAGGGAGCUGGGACAAGGAACGCAAGUUAUGGGCAUACGGGGCCGCCGUACGGUGAGGAAGAGACGGGCUGAGAAGAGCAUUCCAGAUGACGGACUGCUGGGGCUAAUGCCUGGUAGUAGUACUCAUAACAUAGAUGAAUCCCCAAAAGAUUAUCUUGGGGAAUGGGAGGAUGAAAAAAUGGAUAGAUUCAUGGAUAUGGAAGAUGAAGAGGAGAAUGUGAUGGAGGAUAAAGAGAACGUUAUGGAAGAUGAAGAGAAUGAAGAGAAUGUGAACAACAACGUAGAAGCAAUGGAGUCGGAAGAGGAUGGGCAGGGAGUUGUUGGGUACGAGGAAGGGGGUUGGGAAUUUGGGUUUGAAGGCACCUCCAACUCCAAUAGUAGAUGGAACAAUGGUGAUUUAGAGAUGGGUAGCGAUGAGGACGUGGAUUUAUCAGAGGAUUACAAUGGCACUGAAGAGGGGGGAAACGAUGAUAUAGAGGAGGAGUUAGAUGUUGAUGAUACCAGCGAGGAGUCGGAUUGUUCACCAAAUAGGAGGAUAGUAGGCAACAACAAUGGUGGUGCAGAAUCCGCUGUUUCAGACGACGACUAUAGUGAGUGAUUAAAUAACAAAAUAUCAGACCCCCACCUUGAGAAGCUGCGUAAUUUUGAGAUACCCUUCACUACCGGCUGAAUUUGUGUACAGGGGAACAAAAUAGCAGUUUCCCCCACCCAACCCAAAUAUCAAUUUCUAGUCUUAGAGAUCCCCCCAUGUCUGCCAUUUACCUCCUAGAUCAUCAUACCUAGUCUAAGUCUAAUUUAUUGGUCGAAAAUGUAUCAUUCCUCUUAGAGUAGUGUUAUUUGAUAAUAAAAAUUUGUAAAGAUAUAGUUGCUACAGGUGGGGGGGUGGGGGAAACGGAAAUCCUUUGUCUCUCUUGAUUACUCUGUAGAAUUGUCGAAAUUUCACAGGACUCCCCUGUUUUAAAAGGGGUAUUCUCUUUGUUCAUCUAAUCUUCUAC